AUGAGAGUUGAGGGUUCUGUGACCCGGGAGUAUGGGCGCCUCGUAAAUGUUGCAGCCCAUAUGGAGAUUAUGAUGCAGGAGGAGGAGAGGCAAAGAGGCUUCAAGAGGAGUCAGGAUGGUCAGGGGGACAAUAGGAGGCAGAGAGGUGCUAACCCUCAGCAGUCUAAAGGUGUUUUUGUGAGGUCAACCUUUCCAGUGCCGAGUGCAGGCUCUGGGAGAGACAAUCAAGGAGACGUCACCUGUUACAAGUGUGGUUUGAAACAGGCCGAGAGAGAACUGCAAAUCACCAAGUCUCAACUCUUAACCGCGAAGCUCUCCAAUAUCAGAUUUAUGGAGCAAAAGUGCUUGAAACUCGAUCAGAAGAUCGCGUCUCAGUGAUUUACGUUCUCGUCUCUCAAGUCCGAAAUUGAUACACUCGAUUCCAAGUACGAUCACAAUCUUCAACAUAUUAGUAAAAGUGAAGCGAUUGUAGAGGUGGAGGUGUUGGUGGAAUUGGAGAAGGAGAAGGAGAGGUUUUAUGGUUUGAAAAGGCGUGAAAUGGAGGAGUUUUGGGCUUAUGUGGAGAACUUUGCUGUUGACUGUCGAAUGGAAGUGCAGGAGUUGAGAAACAGGGUCAAUGAGCUCAAAUCGAGCUUUGUGGAACUUCAAGGGAACAAUGGAUAUUUGAGUAGUGCGGAGAUAGCUGCAGCAGAGAUGAGAAAAUCAGAACUUUUAGCUGCAAAAGAGAAUUUGGAUAGAAGCUUAGCUUCAAAUUACCAAAUUAAAGCCCAGUUACAAAAGCAGCUUCACUGUAUGCUAUUGGACAAAACAAAGAAAUAGGGAAGCUAUGCCAGUUAAAUAUCUUUGAACACCAAACUUAGGAUCACAGUAGAAGCAGGGGCAUGGGCAUCAAAUGAAUGCAUAGAGACUAAACGCUGUUAUCGUAUUGUUCACUUGAUAAAAUGUUGGUGUAUCAACCGUUCUAUGGUUUGUAUUGUUGAUAGUGAACUGGAAGCAUGUUAUUAACCCAGUUGGUAUUAAGUUCUUCUUAUCCCUGAGGCAUUGGCUGACAGAGUUGUUCUGUAAUAUAGUGCCACUCUGAAUCUUAUCUACUGCAACUUUUGAGUCAAGCA